UUUAAUAAAAAGAAGUCUUAUAGUUUGUCAUUACUUUGAUAAUUAAAUAAAUUUUCUAAAUUAUUAAGUAUUUGAAGAUAAUUUCAAAAUGAUUAUUCAAAAAUUAUUUUUAAUAUCGAGUGGAACUUUACUUUUAAUGAUGUUCAAUGGCUAUUUAGUUGACGGGAAUGAAGGAACUGAAGCAAAGUGCUCGAACCAUGGUGAAACAUGUAAACUCCAUAAUGGACAGUCAUGCUGUGAUGAAAAUUUAACGUGCAAACGACUAAAUCUAACAAACACGUUUGUAUGUAUGGAAAAAGUGAAAUUGGGCGAUUCGUGUGAAACUAAUCAAGAUUGUAGUGACAUAUUGCAUGCUAAAUGUUCAAUGAAAAAAGAAUGUGUUUGUAGAUCAAAUAAUAUUCGACUAAAUAGUAUAGACUGUGCUCCAUUACUGAAUGAAUUUUGUUGGAAAAAUGAAACAUGUGCGCCAGCUAAUUCUUUGUGCAUUGAUAAUGAAUGCAAAUGUGAUAUUGGCUACUUACCGCUAUCUAAUGAUCGAUGCUUACCAGAGAUAUUAGGAUCAUUCUGUGAAAACGAUACUGUCUGUAAUAAGAUAAAAUUUGCGGAAUGUUCUCCAGAAAAUAUGUGUGUUUGCACAUCAAACACAAUUGCUUCAAGUCCUAUUUCUUGUUCACCACUUUUAGGUGAUCAAUGUGAAAGUAAUUAUGAUUGCACUAUUGAUAAUUCUAUGUGCAUCAAUAAUAAAUGUCAAUGUGAAUUUCAAUUUGUACCUCAUUUUAAUACUGAAUGUACAUCACCUUAUAUUGGUAUGGCUUGUGAAGAUGAUAUUUAUUGUCAAAAUUUUAUAAACUAUACAACAUGCAGCAUUGAUAACAAAUGUGUUUGUGAUCAUGACUACUAUCCAACCGAAUUUAAUACAUGUGAACCAGGAAUAAACGCACGUUGUUCGGGUAAUAGACAGUGUGCAUCGAAAAAUUCUAUUUGUAUUGAUAAUCAAUGUCAAUGUAAACGUAAUUAUGUGCUUCGGGGAUUGCAGUGUAUACCAACACGCUUGAAUGAGCCAUGUUCUAUGGAUACUGAUUGUGGUGAAAUCAAAUUCUCAACAUGUUCAGAAGAUAAGAUAUGUCGUUGCAAAGACGAAUACUUUGCUGUGAAUGAAACAAAUUGUGUAUUAACUUUAAGCGGAUUUUGUUUAAACAGUGGCGAAUGUACUGUGAAACAUUCCGAAUGCUUCCAAAAUGAAUGUCAAUGUAAACUUGGUUAUAUCGCUAUUUCUGAAAAACAAUGUUUACCAACGGAUCUUAAUGGAUACUGCGACAGUGAUGAUGAUUGUAAAUUAAUUAUCAAUGCUGAAUGUUCAGAACAUAAUAAAUGUAUGUGCAAAAAAAAUUACUUAAAAAUAGAUACAUCAGAGUGUGCACCAUUGCUUAAUGAAACAUGUACAAAUGACGAACAAUGUGUGCCAUAUAAUUCUGUUUGUAUUAAUAAUAAAUGUCAAUGUAAAUUUAGUUACUCGCAGAAAUCUAAUAAUGAAUGCGUAUUAAAUUAUUUAGAAAAAUGGUGUAGGUUAGAUGAAGACUGCAAUGAUAUACUUUAUGCAAAGUGUUCAAAUGCCAAUAAAUGUAUUUGUCAUUCAAAUUAUAUUCAAUUGAAUGCAACAACAUGCGCACCACUGUUGGGAGGAUUUUGUACUAAUGACGCAGAAUGUAAAACUGAUUAUUCAGCGUGUCUCGAUAACAAAUGUACUUGCUCAGACGGUUAUUCAUCGCGAUCGGAUAAUGAAUGUUUGCCUGUUUUCUUAGGGCAAUCUUGUAGAGAUGAUAGAGAUUGUGAUAAAAUAUCAAAUGCAAAAUGUUCUGAUGACAAUGAAUGUAUUUGUAAAUUAGGUUACUCAACAUUUGAUAAACAUGUAUGUUUACCACUUAUAGGAGGUUAUUGUAAAGAGCAUAAAGAAUGUCUUGUCUAUAAUUCUAAUUGUCACAAUAAUAAGUGUCAAUGCUUAGACAAUUAUGUAGCGCAAUCUAAUGAACAAUGUCUAUCAAGUCAUUUCGAUAAAGUUUGCUAUACGAAUAGUGAUUGUGGCGAAAUAAUGAACUCAUAUUGUUCAAAGUAUAAUUUUUGUGCUUGUAAUUCAAAUUAUAUUGCAGCACCAGGAAAUAGGUGUCAACCCAUAUUGGGUGAACAUUGUCACGACGAAAAUUUAUGUAUAACAAAAAACUCAUUAUGUGUUGAUAAUAAAUGUCAAUGUAAACCGAAAUACGUAAAUGAUGGCAAUAAUAAAUGUAUACCGACACGAUUGGAUGAAUCUUGUGAACGAAAUGAAGAUUGUAUUAAAAUACCCAAUGCUAGAUGUUCAACCGAAAAAAAAUGUAUUUGUAAAAAUGAUUAUAUAGCGUCAGAUAAAAUGUUAUGUCUACCACUUUUAGGUGGUAAAUGUUCAGACGAUAAAAAUUGCAUUGUUGAAAAUUCUAUUUGUAGUGGAAAUAAAUGUCAAUGUAAACCUCAUUAUUUAAUACACUCCAAUCAUAGAUGCGAAUCAAAUACAUUAGGAAAGUCAUGUAAUACAAAUCUUGACUGUGGAUUUAUUAAAAAUUCCAUAUGCUCAGUAGAUAAAAUAUGCAUUUGUGACGCAAAUACAUUUGCAUUAAGUCAAUCUUUGUGUGUACCAAUAUUAAAUGGAUUUUGUUUGAGCGAUAAGCAAUGUAAAUUAAAUGGUUUUCAUUGUGUUAAUAAUAAAUGUCAAUGUAAACCAAAUUUUUCAUCAAUCUCUCCUAAUCAAUGUAUGGCAACACAUCUUUUACACUCAUGUAAAGAUUCUAGUGACUGUUCUGAACCGUGGCAUGCUGCAUGCUCGGAUGAUGAUAAAUGUAUAUGCAGAUCAAAUAAUAUUGCAAUGAGCAGAUCAAUAUGUUUACCACUUUUAGAUGGAUACUGCUGGAGAGAUGAUCAAUGUCAGGCUGAAAAUUCUCUAUGUGUUAAUUUUCGAUGUGUGUGUGCAUCCGAUUUCGUUCGGGUUUCCAACAAUUUAUGUGUACCUGUUAAUUUUUAAAUAUGACUUCUAAAAAUGAUAAUUUAUUUCAAUGAAAACAUUUAGCUUUAUAUUUAAAAUCAAAUUUAAAAUUUACAAGUAUAGGAGAACAGGGCAGGACGGACCCCCUCAAAAAUUUGCAAAAAAAAAUGUUUAUUUACAAUCGUCAUGUUAUCAUGCGUUUGAUAUAUUUAAUGUUUUGAAGUAAUUAUGAUUUUGAUGUAAUUUAUGAAUUUCCUCGUCGAAAUAUUUAGGGUAAAAUGGAAUACUUUAAAAGUUUUGAUAAAUAAAAUUUUUUUUUGACCCAAUAACAACAAUAAAAUCUAUUAAAUGCAUUACACGAAAAAUAAAAAUUGUUUAUAGUCAAAAUUAUUAUUUAAUGAUGAUAUUGAUACAUCAUUAGAAGUUUAUUUAAUAUGCAUUGAAUUAAAGGAUGUGACAUUUUUUUAGGUUAAAAAUAAAAAAUUUCAAUAUAUUCUCAAAAAAUUAUUUUUUAGAAAAAAAAGCCACCUGCCCUGAAAUU